CAUAUUAAAAAUCAAAGUACGAAAUCACGAUGCAAUUAAUGUGUCCAAAUCGUCAGCAGCAAAGUCCCUGCUGCCUCGUUCAAUGAAUCUGACCCCUCCCGCCCACUAUCCUUCUGUCUGUCUGUCUGUCUGUCUAUCACACAGCAUCUGCCUGUCUGCUGUGUAUGCGGACAGACCACAUCGCACCAAUCCAGCGAACACAACGAACACAGAGGGCCGAGAACAGAGAGGCCUCACAAAUCUGAAUAAAAGCAAUACGCAUACAGCACAGCCAUCAGAGACUUCCUCAAGUGAUCUCGGGCCUCACACUCACACCACCUCGAGCACCUCCACCUCAUCUGCCAUAAACUGACGACUGCCCCCAAACAUAGCAGAGCCAUGCUCAUCCCUCACCCCCACAUAGCCAUCAGGCACAUACUCGCUGAGGAUCCGCUGACGGCAGAUGCGCAUGUCAGCAGCAGCGCCACCCUCACAGCCCAACCACAGCCACCCAGUCCCACUGAUCCACAGCUUCGCCCCAUACAUUGUCACCUCCCGCCCAGCCACCCCCACCAUCCGGCUGCCUUUUUUCAUCAUCUUCGGUGUGUCGAAGUGGCCGGCCAGAGAAAAAUCACACCCAUCACACUGGUAGACGUUCAGUGGUUUUGGGUCGUCGGGCAGUCGGAUGCCACCACUGAUGAAGGCGCCGAAGACGUACUCGCCCAAUACAUACAUGUCCCGUCUGAAUACAUACAUGUCCCGUCUGACGAUGAACACCAGGCCCUUCGUGUCACCCACACACCGCAGGAGAUCAUCAUAUGACGCCCCGUCACGCGAGGCCCUAAGAAUAGAAGACAGACAGAGUCAAAGGAUCGACCUGUUCUAAGGUCAGGUGUACCUGUAGAUCAGCUUCAGUUCAUGGGUUCCCAUUGCCGGCCCCAGAAACCGAUAGAGUGCCGAAGAUUGAAAGGGAUCAAAAGUUGUGCCCUCGAUCACCUGCAAUAUAACAACAACAUCGCCGUCUGAUUCGAUCUCUCUUUGAUGUGUGUAUGACCUUGAGUGACAGCAGGCCGUCGACACGAAUGACUUCCAUCUCAUCAGCCAUAAACUCCUCACUGCCCCCAAACAGAGCACGGCCAGCCUCAUUCCUCACCCCCACAUAGCCCUCAGGCACUUCCCAGCUCCACAUGAAGCGACGGCAGCUGCGAAUAUCAGCAGCAGCAGCAGCGCCACCUCCAUAGCCCAACCAACGGCCCAGCCAACCGAACCAGCCAUCCCCAUGGCCCCAUCCCAACCAGUCGCAUGGCCCGAUCCUCACCCUUGCCCCUCGCACUGUAGCUCUGUCCCGCCCGGCCACACAAACUGGCCAUUUGCCUUCCCACGUGAUGGUGGGCUUUUCAAAGUGGCCGGCCAGCGAGAAUUGCCACCCAUCACAGUCGUACUCGUUUCUGCCUCUAGGGUCGUCGGGCAGCCGGAUGCCGGCACUGAUCCAGGAGCCGAAGACGUACUUGUCCUUGCGGAUGAUGAACGCCAGGCCACUCGCAUCGCCCACACACUGAAGCAGAUCACCAUAGGUUGCGCCAUCGACAGAGGCCCUUAGGAUACCAGAAAGACGACAGAGAAUGACACAUGAUUGAUUGCAGGCCCUGUGUGUGGUUUGUUUGUACCUGUACAGCAGAGUGAAUUUACAUUCGUCCAACAUGGACGGCACGAAGAGGGAGCGGAGGGCCGUACGUUCAGACGAAGUCAGUCUGCUGCCAACGAUCAUCUGCACGCAGACAGACGCACGUGUUGGUGACUGCAUUUUUGUUUCUGAUCUGGACGCAAUCAUGCCAUGUGCAGACUCUCACUUGCGGGUCAUGCAGUUUGUCAUCCUCGUGUGUUGUGCUGCGAAUUGAAACGGCCAUCACAUGGCCAGCCGCACCGUCAGACACACUCAGCCUAUCAUUAUCGUCCUGAUGACAGUACAGCGAAGAUGUACAACAAGUGAGUUUCAGUCCUCUUUGUCUGCGUCAGUCUCACCUCUGGUAUGUCACUGAGGCGAUCGUCGGCAGUGACGGUGAAGACAGACUUGGCCGAUGAACGGGACCACACCUGCAUGCACACAAACUCACAAUGCCUGACCGCCUGCCUGCCUCUCCGUGUCUGUGGGUGUCCACUUGAUUGCGCUUCACUGACCACAGACGGCGGCCCCUCUCUGUGGCUGCGUGUGGGGGUCCUGUGGAUCUUGUUUGGAGGCCUCUCGUUGCUCAGUCGGCUCUCUCACGGCGUCAGCCAGCUGAAGAGCAACAGGAGUAGAUGUAUAGCAGAAACUUAUUCCGCAACACAUGAAUGAGCCCUCUUGCUUUACUUACGCUCAUGGUGUUGCGCUCUGAUGGCUGCGACUGUGUGUCGAGCGGCCGAUCGCUGGCAGCAGCAUCGUCGUCUGGUGGACAUGUCGUAGCCUGCAAUGACGACGGCAGACACAUAAAGGCCUCAUUUGCUGCCGUGGUGUGCGCAAGCUAGGUGUAUCACUUGUCGGCUGAGGUCGGUGGUCGGUCCGAUGAAGCCAUCCGCCAUUCGCACCGCAGCUGCCUCAUCAACCUUUUGGCCCUGCAAGGCACCACAGGAGAAACAUGCAUGGGCUGGGUGCAUUGUCUGACGUCGUAUACCUGCUGAUCGCUGACGCUGUCGCCUCUUGGUGGCGGUGCAGGGACAGACUCGGUGCUCUGGGAGAAGAGAAACACAUGUCGCUGAAGGGGCAUGUGGCUGUGCAGUGCGCACCUGCCUGGUCCAUCCGGUCUUGUCAGGGAGCUCCUCUUGUGGCGGCUGGCAGGUGAGGGGCAUGGGUAGAGGGUGGGGGUGGGGCAAAUGCAUCGGCAGCGAAGAGAUGGACGCUGAGCGAGCUACGGACGAAAAGCAGCCGUUUGUUGAGAAGAGGAGUGCUGAUGAAGGGCAUGGGCCAGGCAGAGGGGCUACUAAAGCUGCGGCGGCGGCAGGUGGGUCAGAGGACGGCAAAGGGAUCUGGAGUAGGCAUGGAUCGACAAACGUGGAUGAUACUUUGUCCAUCCUACUUGUAAGCAUCGUUUUCUGAAUGACUUGAUCCACUUGUCGCUCGCAGAAAAGUCCCCGACGCCCAGCCGACUGGCAAUCUCGAUUGCCUUGGCUCUGAUGGCCCUUGGGGGGACGCUUGUGGGGUCGUCAUGGGUGGCCAUCCACUGCCGCAUCUCGUCCUCAAUCUGCCGGUACUUGGGCUGCCUGUUGCGCUUCUUGUCCGAGUCGGUGACCGGCAUCCCGGCCUCCCUCUGCUUCUUGAUGUCACUGCACCACUGUCUGAAGCGCUUGGGUGGAAUGCCUUGCUCCUCCGCAAACUGGGACAUGUUGAUGGACUCGCCGGAUUGCUGCCGGCGAAUGAACUCGUCGACCAGCUGCAGCCGCUCGCUGAUGGCCACCUCGCCCGCCCUCUCUGUCGACAUCUGGACAACCGUGGACAACAGACAUGUGAAGGCAUGUGAGUGACCGGAUUUUCACCUGUUGUGAGGAUUGUCGGGUCGUGCUUCUUGAUGUGGGCUGUGGCGGGAGCGACUCAGCUCGAUCGUGGUGGGCAGCUGAUGCACCCGCGGUGAUCACCGGCUGACCCAUAACCACCAGGCCAUGACUCGAAAAAGGCCAAUCAG